GUGGCAGGAAUAAAUACAACAAUUUAGUGCCGCUAAAAUAUAUAUUUUUAUAAUAAAUACAAAUUCAUAAUACUUUUUGAUUAGUAUUGUAAUCGUUUAAUUAAUAAUUUGUAAUAUUUCGAGAAAGAAAACGCAAGAUAAAUGGAAGACGCUGAACUCGAUUCUUCUGAACUCGGCACCCACACAUAUUGGCAGCAAGCAUAUAUCAAAGAAAUAAACAACUUCGACGAGAAUGGGGAUCCCGGUGAUGUCUGGUUCGGUGAAGACAGUGCCAUGAGGAUAGUUAACUGGAUAUGUAAAUGUGGAAUUGACAAGGAUACUGCAAUUAUAGAUUUAGGUUGUGGAAAUGGCUACACGUUAUCAGAACUCGCGAGGGAAGGCUUCACGAAUUUAUUGGGUAUUGAUUAUUGCCCUGAAGCGAUAAUAUUGGCUGAGAAAGUUGCUAAGAGUGAGUUUCCAGAUUUGAAAUUUCAGGUCUUCGAUAUAACCAGAGACGAUGUGAACAUUCUGGGCAAGAAGUUUGGUGUUGUCCAUGAUAAAGGGACAUAUGAUGCGAUUAGCUUGAACCCCGAGAACCCAAAGGAGCAUCGUCAGAAAUAUAUAGAAAAAAUGGUGGACAUGUUGGAUGAUAAUGGUAUGUUUAUAAUAACAUCGUGUAACUGGACGGAGAGUGAAUUAAUAACACAGUUUCAAGAUAAACUGAAACUAAAACAAGUGUUACCAACACCACAGUUCAAAUUUGGCGGGAAAGUCGGAAGUGUUGUGUCGUCUGUGGUCUUUGAAAAAAAAAAGUGAUUUAUAGAUUAUUAAUAAACAAAAAAUGUUGUUUAAGUGCAGGCAAUAAUUAUGUAUUCAUGAUUAUUUUCUACGAUUAAUAUUCGAUACAGAUGUCAUAUCGAUUUAAUAACUUUUAUAAAAAAAUAAAACUGUUAAUCAAAGGAUAUAUUAUUAUUGUUGU